AUGUCUGUGGCGCGCUUGGAAGCGAUUGUCAAAGAGCACAUGAAGGCGUAUGACCCCUCGCACGACUGCGCGCAUGUGGAGCGCGGUCGCAGGGUGGCGCUCAAGCUCGCACCACCUGGUGUGAAUGUCCUCGUGGUCGAGCUGGCAGCACUGAUGCACGACUUGAACGACUUCAAGUACGCCACGUCCACGCCACUCGCGCAGAUUGCAGCCGACAACCUGGGGCCAGACGUCACGGAAGGGGAGGUCGCCCAAGUGCUCCGUAUCGUUCCCUCCGUCUCGUACUCGAAGGAGAUGGAGCUCCGGGCUGCAGGAGAGUGGACCUGA